AUGAAGAUAACUCCUGCGGUAGCAAUUUUAGCUGCCUUAGCAUUCAUUUGCGUUGCAGCGAAACCUCGAACCUGGGGAAAACGUAACGUGGCAGAGGAACAACCACGAGACAUGGACGAGCGAAGUGUUGCAGAGGAACAACCUCGUAGCUGGGACAAGCGUAGCGUUGAAGAGGAACAACCUCGUACCUGGGUAAAGCGUAGCGUUGCAGAGGAACAACCUCGUGACUGGGGAAAGCGUAGCGUUGCAGAGGAACAACCUCGUACCUGGGGGAAGCGUAGCGUUGAAGAGAAACAACCUCGUACCUGGGAAAAGCGUAGCGUUGCAGAGGAACAACCUCGUAGCUGGGACAAGCGUAGCGUUGAAGAGGAACAACCUCGUACCUGGGUAAAGCGUAGCGUUGCAGAGGAACAACCUCGUGACUGGGGAAAGCGUAGCGUUGCAGAGGAACAACCUCGUACCUGGGGGAAGCGUAGCGUUGCAGAGGAACAACCUCGUACCUGGGGGAAGCGUAGUGUUGAAGAGGAACAACCUCGUACCUGGGAAAAGCGUAGCGUUGCAGAGGAACAACCUCGUACCUGGGGGAAGCGUAGUGUUGCAGAGGAACAACCUCGUGACUGGGGAAAGCGUAGUGUUGCAGAGGAACAACCUCGUACCUGGGGAAAGCGUAGCGUUGCAGAGGAACAACCUCGUAGCUGGGACAAGCGUAGCGUUGCAGAGGAACAACCUCGUAGCUGGGACAAGCGUAGCGUUGAAGAGGAACAACCUCGUACCUGGGAAAAGCGUAGCGUUGCAGAGGAACAACCUCGUACCUGGGGGAAGCGUAGCGUUGCAGAAGAACAACCUCGUACCUGGGGAAAGCGUAGUGUUGCAGAGGAACAACCCCGUACCUGGGGAAAGCGUAGCGUUGCAGAGGAACAACCUCGUGACUGGGGAAAGCGUAGUGUUGCAGAGGAACAACCUAUGGACUAGGGGAGCUAAAACUUUGUAGGGUUACUACUUAUUUUUAAACUGAUCGAACUGAUGCUGACCCUGAUUUGAACUUUGAACGCUUCUGUAAAU